AUGUCUGGAAUGCUUAAAAGCCAUAAGAUAAUAAAAAAAAAAACACUUAGUGGUAUAUUUUCUUAUUUUAAUAGUAAAGAACAAGUAAAAAUGUUGAAUAAUGGCAGUACGAAAGUUUCAUCGACAACACGUAUAUUUGCUCCACUUAACAUUCCAUGGCAUCGUCGUCGUGAAACAUUAACUGUUCUCUUUUGUUUCUUACUGCCAUGGUUGUCUGUCUAUUUAACAAUUCGUUUUCUUCGUGCUGAUCGUUGGUAUAUAUUUGGAAGUUUUCUUUUCUAUCUAAUAUGGAUGGCUAUGAUUCGAACUUAUCCUACUAAAGGUGGUUGUCGAAAACAAUGGUUUCGUCGACUUUUUCUAUGGAAAUGGUUUGUUGAUUUUUUUCCAAUUCGUUUACAUAAAACAUGUGAUUUACCGGCUGAUCGUUCAUAUAUAUUCGGUUAUCAUCCACAUGGAAUUAUUUCUGUAGGAGGUGUUGGUAAUUUUGCAAGUGAAGCUACCGGUUUUGAAAAUUUAUUUCCUGACAUUAAUCUUCGUUUGCUUGUGUUGAACUCAAAUUUUCAAAUACCAUUUUUUGAACUUAUUUUAAUGAUGCUAGGUAUAUGUGAUGCAUCAAGAGAAUCAUGUAAUUAUAUUCUAAAACAAGGUAAAGGAAAUAGUAUUCUAUUAGUUAUUGGUGGUCCGCUAGAAUCAUUAGAUGCACGUCCAUCUUCGGAAUAUAUAUUGACACUUAAAAAUCGUAAAGGUUUUAUUAAAAUGGCUCUUGAAAAUGGUGCAAAUUUAGUUCCUGUAUUUUCAUUUGGUGAAAAUGAUCUAUUUGAACAGAUUUCGAAUCCACGUGGAUCAAAAUUACGGUCCAUACAAAUUACUCUUCAAAAAAAGAUGGGCUAUGCUUUACCAUUAUUUUAUGGACGUGGUAUUUUUCAAUAUAAAUUUGGAAUUUUACCCAGACGACAUCCGAUUGAUACAUAUGUUGGUGAACCGAUUGAAGUACCAAAAUUAUCUAAAGAACGCAUAACACAAGAAAUCAUUGAUGAAUAUCACAUAAAGUACAUAGAAGCAUUAACACGUCUUUUUGAUACACAUAAAGCCAAACAUAAUAAUGCAAAUGCAUCACUUGUUUUCGUUGAUGAUCCUAGUAGAUAG